AUGGCUCCUGGAAAAGUUGCUGUGAAGAGAGACCCCAGGGCUUGGGGUGGCUUAACCCCCCCGUUGGCAGAAUGGAUCCUUGAUGCCGUAUCUAGCAUGGGAUUUAAGCAGAUGACACCAGUGCAGGCUGCGACUCUGCCUCAGUUUCUGGGGAACAAAGAUGUGGUAGUUGAGGCUGUUACUGGUAGUGGAAAGACAUUAGCCUUCUUGAUUCCCAUUGUACAACGAUUAUUGCGCCUCGCAGAGCCCACAAAGAAGCACCAUGUCAGCGCAAUCGUCAUCUCACCUACCAGAGAGCUCGCCGCCCAGAUCCAUACGGUCCUCCUCUCCCUCCUCGAGUUCCAUGCGCCAUCUGCCGAGAUUCUACCACACCUCAAAGGCGAAGACAAGAGGCCUAGCAGCGCAGUGCCUGCCAUUGUUCCCCAAUUGCUAGUCGGAGGAACCACCACGCCCGCGCAAGAUCUCAGCUACUUCGUCCGACACAGUCCGAAUCUUCUCAUAUCCUCCCCAGGCCGUCUCGUCGAGUUGCUGGCCUCGCCCCAUGUCCACAUCGACCAGUCCUUCGAAGCACUUGUCCUCGACGAGGCUGAUCGACUGCUUGAUCUCGGCUUCAAGCAGGACCUCCAAACGAUUCUUUCACAUCUUCCCAAGCAGAGGCGGACGGGCCUAUUCAGUGCCAGUGUCAGUGAAGCUGUUGGCGAGAUUAUCCGCGUCGGGUUGCGCAACCCGGUGAAGAUUGAAGUCAAGGUGAAGAUGAAGGAUGGUGGUGGAAUUGUGGAAGACAGAAAGAUUCCUGCAAGUCUUCAAAUGUCAUAUCUGGUUACUCCGGCUAGCCAGAAGCUGCCUGCCUUAGCGCAGUUGCUGGAACGCCUACCUAUACGGCCUCUCAAGAGCAUUGUCUUUCUGUCUACUUGCGCCGCCGUAGACUACUUUCAACACACUCUUCCUCAAAUAUUGCCCGAAGGCUUUUCGCUAGUACCUCUACAUGGCAAGCAUCCAGCUAAAGUACGCGAAAAGAACUUUGGCCGCUUUUUAUCUUCGGUGUCUCCUACAAUUUUAUUGACAACAGACUUGGCCGCUCGCGGUUUGGACAUCCCGCAGGUUGAUUUGGUUGUUCAGAUUGAUGCCCCAUCCGACCCCAAAGUAUUCAUACACAGAAGUGGAAGAGCUGGUCGUGCAGGCAGAAAAGGCCUGGCCGUGGUCAUGCUGCACCCAGGACACGAGGAAGACUACGCCAGAUUCCUAGAGAUUCGCCAAACCCCAAUCACACCACUAUUAAAACCUUCAAUCUCCGUGACAGAAGAUGGAGCCCGAGAUGCGACAUCAAAAAUCCGGACACUACUUCAAUCAGACAGAGCGAUCCACGAUAAAGCCCAGAAAGCUUUUGUUAGCUGGGUACGAAGUUAUGCAGCGCAUCAAGCGACAUCCAUUUUCAGAGUUAGCGAUCUGGAUUGGGCAGAUCUUGGAAACGCAUGGGGGCUUCUUCGCCUGCCCAGGAUGCCCGAGCUGAGAACUUGGAACGGAGACAAGAUGCUGGGGGUUGAAAUGGACUGGGAUGAAUUUGCCUACAAGGACAAGGCACGGGAGCAGGCCAGACGAGAGGCCAUGGCAGCUGAUACGAGCGGAGAGACGGCAAAGAGAGCUGCUGAUGCCAAGCGGAAGAGGAAGAACAACGAGGCCUGGAGCGGAAAGCAAGAGCAGGAAGAGCACCGGACCGAGAGACGCGAGAAACGGCACAAGAAGACGGAGGCUAAGAAGCUGGCAACGAUGACGGAUGAUGAGAAGGUCAAGCAGGCUGAGCUGAACGACUUGAUCCGGAGAGUCAGGGAAGAGAAUCUGGCGAAAGCAGCAAAGGAAGAUGAAGAGUUUGAAGGGUUUGAUUAG